UUGUCUUUGCGUUAUCAGCCGGAAGUGCGCGCCGAAGGAAUCCUCAAGCCCUUAUAUAUGCGUCCAAGAAGUUUCUCCUUAACUUUGCGCUCUCCUCACCGAGCAUGGCUGCAAUCAACACGGGGUGGAUUCUCUGCGUCUUUUCGCUCUGCUUCGGCUCCGUAUCCCAAGCUUUCCACUCAGCUCAUCAAGCACUAGAGGCCCAGGCUGCGCCCUUCAUCUUCAACGAGCUGUGUGUGAUGAAGGAGGACGCGGGGCCCUGCAAGGCCAUGAAGGACCACUUCUUCUUCGACAUCGACGUGGGCCGCUGCCGCCUCUUUGAGUACGGCGGCUGCGGCGGGAACGACAACAACUUCCAGACCAUAGAAGCCUGCGAGCAGACCUGCCUGGUGUCUGCCGACAAGAGUCCGUGUAAUCUUGAAGAGGCCCCGGGCCCCUGCCGGGGAAUGGUGACGCGCUACUUCUUUAACAGAGUGAGUCGCGAGUGCCAGCAAUUCUAUUACGGCGGCUGCUUCGGGAAUGCUAACAACUUCAGGAGCAUUGCGGAGUGCCAGGCCAAAUGUCAAAACCCUGCAAAAGCGACCAAAGAACCAGUAGCAGCCGUUCGUGAUCUAGAACCUACCAACUCAUCGGAAAUACAGCCUCUGAUUAUCAAGGAAGUAGUUAUCCAACUGGCAUCCAUCCCGGACAUCUCUGUGAGGCAGCCUGCAGUUUUCAGCACCCCAAGCUUCUGCCUGCUGGCCAUAGAAGAGGGGCCCUGCCAUGCUACCAAACGGCGCUUUGCCUACAACCCCCUGACCCAGAAGUGCAGCAUCUUCCCCUAUGGAGGCUGUGAGGGAAACAAGAACAACUUUGUGUACAAGAGGCAGUGCAUGAAGAUCUGCAUGAACGUCCAUCAUCGGUCGGGGAUGAUCAGAAUAAAGAGGAAAAACAUUGUGAUCCAGCCUGCUCUUGGUUAAAUCCACUUUUAUUGAUGCCCUUUUUAUAUUGGUCUUAGACUUAUUGUUUUGCAGCCUGACCUGCAUAAAAACGUAAAAUUAAUUAGUCCAAUACAACAAUACAAUACAACAAAGUCCAAUACAAACUCCAAUGUGUCACCCACACCUAACAUUCAUGAUACUGCAAAUGCAAGGGGAUUUCAUCAGUAGGCCACAGAAUCGAUCACCAUUGUGUUACCUCAUUCUACAAUAGAAAGAGACAUAACAGACAUUAACUAGCUUGAAAAUCUCCAAAAUUACCACUUCACGCCUUCACACCUCUCGGUUACCUUCUAUUCCUUCAAGCCAUUUUAAUUGUCCGACUCUAUUUACUCCUGUACACUCACGUGUCCCCGGAUAUUACCAAUUACUGACGUUGACAUAUAUAUGAAUGUACUUUUUGACAUUUUCUUGACAAGAGAUUUUGAUGUGUAGUGGAUACAUCUUGAUGUGAUAUAUUAUUGUUAUUUAGUGUUUGUAGAUCCUAUUGUCCACUCUUUGUGUUUGCUUUUAGUGAACAACUAUGAUAUUUUACUGUUUACUUCCAUUCGAUAAUAAUACUUUUUACUGAUUUUGACAAUAAAACAAAUAUGUUUUUGCUAA